ACCUGAUCUCAUGUCCCAGCAAGAAUGAUCGAUUCAACUAAUCGAAAGGAACUAUUUUAUCUCCUUUUCCUUUAAGUUAGCAUCGAACUUCCUGACACCCGAAAUAUUCCCCAGGAAUCACGCCAGUAUUACACGCCUUUCCACAAAACAACUAACAAGCCAUAUUCCUUCCAGGUUCAAGUCAUUUCUUGUCCUUAAGUACAUCCAGAAUACUCUUUCAACCUUGGUAAUUAUAAACUUGCCAAAUGGGUUUCAAUAAGAACCGGCUUUACAUCGCUUUGUACCCCAGCGGGGUUGUCAACAACGAAGAGCGCCGCUAUCAUUGGGGAUUUCUCAUCGGUCCCAAAAACGAAUCAGGCACCGAAGUGCCCGGCAUGCGCUACCAUGUCAAGAAUCACCCAAUGCGCGGCUGGAUUUAUGAAGAGAUUGAUCUUCCUAAUGUCCGAAGCACGAACAAUCUACUCGCCCGCAUUAUCAUUGCCAAAGUCGAAGACGAGAAACGGCUUGUCGAAAUUAUUCGUAGCACGCCGGUCGUUCAGAACGAUCCCAACUGGCGUUGCCGAACAUGGGUCGCCGACGUCCUUUCGAGGAUAGCUAUGGGCGGCGGCAGGGCUGUUGGCACGUCGGAGCUAGAGUGGGCAAAGAUUGAGAGUGUUGCUCGUGCGUAUGUGGCGAGUAAGACAGCGACUGGAAGAUACCUGGAUCCGGUCGUCAUGACGUUGCCGAAGCCGACCUGGGACAUGCUACAGGGAAAAGAGGUUGUUCCUUAG